AUGCCGCUUCAUUUCCUGAUUCCAUCUCUUCAACGCGUACAAGUCGCGUCGUCUUCAGAAAUAAACGACUGUCCAUACCCACUACACGCCCUGUUAGAGCCUCUUCUCCUCUCAGCACGGUCAUCUUCUAGUAAAUAUCACGACGAGUUACCGCAAAUCCUUGCGAAUGAUGGCGGUGAAGGUGAAGUAGAGGAAGAUAUGAUGUGGUUCGCACUGAAUUACGAGAAAGUUGACCACGACGAAGAUCAAACGCGUCCAAACAGUGAGGAUGCAGUAAUGAUCGAAGAAAAAUGGAGGAUAGGAUGGUUGGACCGCUUGGAGAAACGCGAAGUUCAGCUCCAAAUUCUUCUGUACCUUCUCAAACUUUCUCUCCCAGGUCCUUCCAUUCCUUUACCUCCGGUAACCAUACAUCCUGCACCGACGACUUCACCGAAAAAAUCAAAGCAUACUAGAGUAAAGGCAAAGGUUAUCACCCCCACCGUAGAGGAACGUCUGGAAUCCUUCAUGGAUAAACUAUCUAUGUGGCAACUUGUUGACUCUGUUAGCCUCAAUGAACAAGCGCAAUCCACACGAAUUCAACAGAAUCCAACAGAUGCAUACGACUGGAUGCAACUGUUCUGCCAGGACAUCGUUGAAGUUCAGUUCAAACAUCUGCUCCCUGAGGCGUGUGCUCUACUUCGCUCCAAGGUCUUCCCAAACUCCCCCUUCUCCGACGAUACUUCGUCCGCUGCAUCUCGUUCUCCUUCCCCUUCCAAUACAUCCGUUGAACCUCGCCCCUUCGAUCCUCAUUCCCUCGGACAGCGCUAUAGAGCAAAUCCCGGAGGGCCUCUUCCUGACAAGUCCUCUCGGCACACUUCCCCAUCAUCACGUCAACACUCCGACGCGCGCUCGCGCUCACGAUCACUCUCCAUCUCACUUGCUCAAGAUGCCGACGCGAGACGCUCGGGAGCAGCAACCUCAGGCGCAACUAUAAAACGGGCGCUCAGCAGGGAGAUCAGCAUGUCACGCGUAUUUAAAGGGAAGAAGACCCAGGAAAAAGUCAUCAAGCCGACAAAGAGCCAGGCAGAUAUUAGAGAUGGAGGCAGUGGACCUGCCAGGAAAUUGGCUUCCAAACGCGAUGCAAAUCAGGCAGUCACUUUGGUUGCAGCCACUCCAGUGAAAGUCAAGGGAAAGAGAACUGCGUCCCGAGCAUUCGGUCGUCCGUCAAACCUUCUUCGGAAUACCAGCCCUAGCCCUGGUAUGGACGUUUUCGGUGACGAUACCGAGAUAGAAGAAAUAUGGUUACCAAGCAGCUCACCAGACGUGCUUCUAUUACCUGGUAUCUACGAGGACUCAGAACUGGAGGGAAGUCAUCCAGCGGUUGGUUUGGGCGAUGAACGGGAGCACAUUUUGGCUAUGUCUACGCCUGUGAAGAAACGUAUACGAAUAUCAUGA